AAUUCUUGUAUUAAUGUAGACAAAAAAAAUGAGAAGAGUAGGUUGAGAUAUUAUUUAAUUUGCAGGCAGGUAAUCUGUCUGUAGGAAGCAAAAAGAAAAGUCAAAAUAGAAACACUGAGUAUUCCGCGUGAGUGAUCAAUGACGCGCUUUUCCUAUUGCGUUUGCUUUUCCUGAGUGAUCAUCUUGCUGCUUUCACCUACUUUUCUACCAUAUUUCUCUUCUGCUUUACCCAAACUCUGUUGAAUCUCACCUUCUUUCAUGGCUUCUUCUUUUUCUGACACCGUCUUGAGAUUGUUACUAUCCUGCGCUGAAGCUAUUGAAGAUGGGGAUCUGAAGAGCGCCGAUGGGUUCCUUCACAGCAUCUUGAUUCUUGCUGGUGAGAGCUGCUACUCAGAUCAAAGACUGGUGAAAUACUUUGCGGACGCUCUGGUUCGCCGAGCCUACGGACUGCAUCCCGCUUGUUCCUCCUUCACUUUCCUUGUGGAUCCUGCAGCAUAUUAUCAUAGUAUCUGCUACCUUAUUAAUGGCGUCAUAGAAAAUGUCAUCCAUGAUGCUUUGAUGGGAAUCAGGCGAUUUCACCUCAUUGAUUUCUCCAUCCCGUAUUACUACAGUUUUGGGAAUUCAGUUGUUCGUACACUACCGACCUUCUCUGGCGAACCUCUACCCGUCCGUGUAAGUUACAUACUUCCACCAUUUCUGAAAAAAUAUGUAAAAUUCUCACGCCAAAUGGAGUUUUUGACUAGGGAUGCCAAGGAAGUUAAUGUAAAGUUGGAGGAUGAGUUGAAAGUGGUUUAUGGCAAUAGUUUGGCAGAAGUGGAUGAAUGUGAAAUAGAUUUGAAAAGAAGAAGAGAUGAUGAAAUGGUGGUGGUUUACUAUAAAUUUAAACUUGAAAAGUUGGUAAGAGAUGCAAAAGCAAUGGAGAGAGAGUUGGUAAGAUUGAAGGAGAUAAAUCCGACGAUUGUAAUCAUGCUAGACUUUUAUUCUAAUCAUGCCCACUCCAAUUUCUUGACAUGUUUCAAGGAUUCAUUUCAGUAUUCCUUGAAGACUUUUGAAUACUACUGGGAGGAGUUGGACCAUUAUAUUGAUGGGAAGUAUGGGUGGGAGUGCAACAGAGAGGUAGGGGAAGGUAAUAAUAUAAUUAGGCGGCACCCAACUUUGACAGAAUGGCAACAUCUCUUUUCAAGGGCUGGCUUUAGUCGAAUUCCAUUAAACCACAAGAAAGAUAAUCUUAGCGUUGAGGAUGAACGUUGGUUAGAAAUAAUGGGGGAGGAAGAAGAGUGUUUGAUUUUAGGUAACGAGGGAUGUCCAAUGUUUUUCUUAUCGGCAUGGAAACCCAAAGUUGAAGAUGGACACUUCAAUUCCAUUUCCACCAACCAUAAGUUUGGACAAGGUUUCGAUCCAAAUCCUGCGCCUCUUCAACCUCGUCAACCUUUUCUAGAGGGUUUGAAAUUGAAUCGAUUAGCUGCACUUGCCGAGAUACAUGACAUAUCAAAAUAUUUAUCUUGUAAAUACAAGCUUUCAUUGACUUUAACAUUGGCUUCUAAGGUCAACAAUAUGAAUGAAACUAUUUCGGAUCCAAACAAGAAACAUGUUUUUUUUAUCCAAGAUAAUUAUUGUUAUACGAAUGAUAUGACAUCUUAUUAUUUUAUGCUUGAUUAUUCUAAAGACAUGAUUAGUGGCCGCCCCCUAAUUAUUGAGAAAGCAUUUGAAUCAAGGGACGGCUACCAUUUUCAACCAUCUCUUUCUAAGGUAGAAGACUACAGAGAUUCCACGUUACAGCGUUAUAACAUAGAUGGUGCUGUUGCCAUCUGUCUACAAAAUCGUCACACAAGUGAUGAAGUUUAUAUCGUAGAAUUUUAUUGGCCUCCAACUGAGAGUGAAAUAUCAAAAUCUUUAGCUCUUCGUAUCUUCGAUGACUUGAAACAUAUGAAGACAACGUUUGUAACAGUAAAAGUUCAAGUCCCCGAAAUUAAGUUACAAGAAGCCAUUUCAAGCAUUCCUACAUCUGCAAACACAGCAAUGCCUUUGAAAAUAGCUGAAAAUGCGCAUAUUGAGCAGGUUGUUGCAGAUCCUUUUAACACACUAGAAGGGCCUUAUAACAAGAUUGUGGAAACAAAACGAAACAAACAGAGAAAGUCGUGGUCAAAGGUUUGGGUGGACUUUGAUAAGUUUGAAGAACAUGGAAAACAAGUAGCCAAAUGUAAACACUGCCCCAAGGUGUUUACAGGGUCAAGUAAGAGUGGAACCACACACUUGAAUAACCACUCGAAAGUAUGUCCUGGUAAGAAAAAACCAAAUCAAGAAAGCCAGUUGAUACUUCCAGUUGAUACCAAUGAAAGAAGCUCAACGUUUGAUCAAGAAAGGAGUCACUUGGAUCUUGUGAAAAUGGUUAUUAAGCAUCAGUACCCAUUAGCUUUGGUUGGUCAAGAAGCCUUCAAGAAUUUUGUGAAAGGUUUGCAGCCGAUGUUUGAGUUUCAAUCAAGAGAUAAAUUGUUAUCUGACUUCUAUAAGGAAAAGAAAAGAGAAGUUCGACAGGGUUUUGAUAAACUUGCUUGUAAGUUCAAUUUGAGAGUCACUUUGUGGAAGAAUGGUCUUGGAAAGACUGCAUAUUGUUGCCUGAUAGCACACUUUAUUGAUGAUGAUUGGAAACUGAAGAUGAAGAUUCUUGCCUUCAAAACUUUGAAGCAUAUAUAUGACACAAAGGCUUUAAGUGAAAUUAUCCAGAGAUCAGUUUCAGAAUGGAAUCUAGAUGAGAAAAUAUAUUCCAUAACUAUGGAUGACCCUUCUUUGAACGAGGAAAUGUUUCAGCAAAUAAAAGAAACUUGUGUUCGUGAUCAAGGCUCGCUUUCUUCAGCUCAUUGGUUCAUUAGUUGCAAUUUUCUUGAGGAUGGGUCUCGUGAGAUGUAUAGUAUACUUCAUAAGUUUAGGGAAUCCAUUGAAUAUGUCACUGAAACAACACAUGGGAGACUAAAAUUCCAAGAAGCUGUAGAUCAAGUGAAGCUACAAGGUGGGAAAUCAUUGGAUGAUCUUUCUUUCAAGUUGGAAUCAGAAUUUGACAUACUUACUAGUGCUUUGAAAUCAAGAGAAAUCUUUUGUCAGUUGGAGCAAAUUGAUGGCAAUUUUAAGCUAAACCCAUCAAUGGAGGAAUGGGAAAAGGCCAUAGCUCUAAAGAGUUGUUUGAAAUGUUUUAAUGAUAUCAAAGGAACUCAAUCCAUUAGUGUAAGUUUGUACUUUCCAAUGCUUUGUGACAUAUACAAGAAAUUUCUUCAGCUGGAAAAAAGCAAUCAUUCAUUUCUUACAUUGAUGAAGAGGAAAUUUGAUCGCUAUUGGAGCUUAUGUAAUUUGGAAUUAGCUGUUGCAUCUGUUCUUGAUCCAAGGUUAAAAUUUAAAAUUGUGGAGCUCUCAUAUAAUGUGAUUUAUGGCCAUGACAAUAAGAUGCAACUGAACGAGUUUCAUAAAGUUCUUACAGAUGUUUACUGGAAAUAUACCAAUGGAGCUAGAAAUUCGAUUGCAUCCACUUCAAUAUUGGGUGAUUCCAAUUCUUUGACAACAGAGACUGCAAAUGAUUGUAUUUUGGACUCCUUCAAUAACUUUUUACCCUCAUGGAAGUCAGAGCUUGAGGAUUACUUAGGUGAGUCAGAGCCUGCACUUCCCUUAGAUGGAGACAUACUUGGUUGGUGGCGUGCUAAUUCUCUAAGGCUCCCUUCUCUUGCAAAGAUGGCUCGUGAUCACCUUGCAAUGUUGGUAUCAGUUUCGAUGCCAUGUUCGGCUGUUAGUGCCAUGAUCACACAUUCAAGCUACAAUAGGUUGGACCCUGAUAGCAUGGAAGCUUUGGUAUGCAGUCAAAAUUGGUUGGAAACUCUUAAAGAAAAUGAGGGAGAAAAUCAUGAACUUACACAAAAUACGGAAAAAAGGAAAAGGAAGAUGGAUGAGGAGGACACUUAUGUGGUAAAAAGUUUCAAACCUUUGAAUUGCGAAAAGGCUAAUAGUACCAAAGACAUUGCCAAAGAUUCCAACAACAAUGAAGAGCUGCAAAUAGUGAAAAGUUGCAAAAAUUGGUGUAAGGAAGAAACUGACAGUGGAAACAAAUACAAAGCUGCCAACAAAAUGAAUGUUGGCAAAGAAGUGAUAUCAUCAAAAUCAUCAGAACUGAAUCUUGGAAGAAACACUAAUGACGUAAUAGAAAUUUUGAGUGAAGAUACGUCGAUCGAUACUACUCAAUUAGAUCAGGUCGAAAGCUCAUCUUCCGAGUCUGAUAAUGAAACAACAUUGAAGGAUCAAGGAUCAUGGUGUGAACAGGACGUUGAGGCAUAUUUACUCUCGAGGUUUACAAGCAAGGAGCAUAAACGGCUAGAUAAAUGGCAAAAGAAAUGUGAAAGGAAUGAGUUAAAUGGAAAAAUGAUUGGACGAGAUGUAGAGUUUAAAUUGAUGAGUAAUGAAUUGGCACCUUUAUUCAUGGUACCUCAAGAUGAUGAAACUCGAGAAGAGUACUAUAUUAAUGAUUCGACUCAAUUGAUAAAAGGAUUCAAAUCAGAACAUGAAGUAUUAGCUUGGUUUAAAGUUGAGAAGCUAAGGGUCUACAUAAAAUGUUUUUACCAUUGUGCAUAUCAUCACAUUGGGUUCUUUUAUAUGUUGAUAUCAAGGAAAAAAUAUUUUCAUGGUUGGAUCCAGAUCCAUCUUCUCAAAUACUAUCUUACCAUUUCGAAAAACCUGUUACAGUAUUACAGUGCUUUAAAAGCUUUUUACUCCCAAAGCUUGGUUAUAGUGAUGCAAAUGAAUGGCCAUUUGUGGUGCGUAAUAAUAUCCCAAAGCAAAAAAACUCGGUUGAUUGUGCGGUGUUUGUGAUGAAAUACGGUGAUUGUCUUACGCAUGGUGAAUGCUUUCCUUUCAAACAAGAAGACAUGGUCCAUUUUCGUCGUCACAUUUUUCUUGAUAUAUAUCGUGGAAGAUUACAUAGAAAAAAUAAAGAUUGAUGCCUUGUUUAAAAACUCAAAGUCAAAAGGAUGUGAAUUCGAAUUUUUGAAAUUUGAUGGAAAUUAUUGUUUUUUAAUGCAUGCAUGAUACUUUCACUCA